UUGGUCGCUUUUGGCUAAACGUUUUUUGACCCUUCUUGAAGGGAUUAUCAUCGGGAAGGGGUUAAUAGGAAGAGACAAAUGGUUAUGUUAUUGUUGGGAGUCAAUCCAGUGAUGGAAAGUGGGAAACUACAGAGAGGAGAAGCUGAAUCCUUACUACAAUUAGACAAAAGAUAGAAACAGAGAGAUAAACUAAUUAGCUAAUGCAAUUAAUUAGUUUAUGCUUUUUGGAUUGGAUUUUCCAGAAAUUUUCAAACUCUUUUUUGGUUUAAAAAAACCCCAAACCCUUACAAAAUGUCACGUUCACCAGAAUCACCAAAUUCCCCAAAGACAAACCCUAGCGCUAACCUUAGCCCUAAUUCUGACCAUUACCAUGAAAACUUAGACUUAAAGCCACCGCCAUCACUAAAUCCCAAGGGGAGGUCAACGGCUCAAAGCUUAUCAGACAUUGGGUUCAAAGAUCAAGCUCUGAAGCAUGUUUUUUACAAGAUGCAGCAGCAGUUCCAACAUCCUCCCGGCAACACCCCAUCACCAUCCCCGCCAUCCGAGCCUGAUUUAACAUCAUUUCAAUCACUUUCCUUAGACCCCACAGCACCAGAUCACACCUCCCUCCUCUCCGACGAACUCCUCCUCAGAAUCUUCUCGAAGCUUCCCAUCUCUCAGCAUGUCUCCAAUUCCUUGGUCUGCAAACGUUGGUUGUACCUUAGCGGCCGCCUGGUGCAAUCCCUUAAAGUUACAGAUUGGUCAUUUAUCAUUUCGGGCCGGGUUUUUAACCGGUUUCCCUAUCUCACCGAUUUAGACCUCGUCCGUUCGGGCAUUCGGACGCCGAGGAGCUCUGGGAUUUUAAUGACCCACAAAACGAUGACUGUUCAUGUCGAUACUGAUUUUACACCCAACGGGUUUCUCCAAGAAAGAGCGUUGUUACCGUCAAAUUCUGUUGACCAAGGGCUGAAAAUGAUAGCCGAAAAGUACCCGACUUUACAGAGGUUAGUGGCGAUUGGGGCGAGCGAAGAAGGACUGUUAAGAAUUGCGGAGGAGUGUUCCACAUUGCAAGAAUUGGAACUAUAUUGUUGUGGGGAUAUGGCUUUGAAGGGUAUUUCGGGGAUUAAAAACUUACAGGUAGUGAAAUUGAUUGGUUUUAUUGAUGGAUUUUAUAAUUCGAUAGUUUCAGACAUUGGGUUAACAUUAUUAGCUCAAGGGUGUAGAAGAUUAGUUAAGCUUGAGCUUUGUGGAUGUGAAGGGAGCUACGAUGGGAUUAAAGCGAUAGGGCAAUGUUGUCAAAUGCUUGAAGAAUUAAGUCUUCGUGAUCAUAGAAUGGAUGGUGGGUGGUUAGCUGGGCUUUCCUUUUGUGGGAAUUUGAAGACUUUGAGGCUUAAGUCUUGUAAAAGUAUAGACAGUAGUCCAGGGGCGGAUGAGCAUUUGGGAUCUUGUUUGACUCUUGAAGAGUUGCAUUUGCAGCGGUGUCAGAUUCGGGAUAAGCAAAGUUUUAAAGCUUUGUGUUUGGUUUGCGAGAAUGUGAGGGACAUUGUUUUACAGAAUUGUUGGGGUUUGGAGGAUGAUGUAUUUAGCAUUGCAAGUAUUUGUAGGAGAGUGACGCUUCUUUCCCUGGAAGGGUGCUCAUUACUGACACUAAAAGGUUUGGAGUCGGUAGUGCUUUCUUGUAAAGAGCUUCAGCGAUUGAGAGUAAUGUCAUGUAACAAUAUUAAGGAUACGGAAGUCACACCUGAACUGGCUACUUUGUUUUCUACGCUUAAAGAGUUGAAAUGGAGACCAGAUUCCAGAUCUCUGCUAUCCUCAAAUCUUGCAGGUACUGGAAUGGGAAAGAAAGGUGGUAGAUUCUUCAAGAGGUCAAAGGAUUGAUUGUUCUUCCUGAUGAUGCUAUGCAUCUGCAACAAGAUGUGAAAGAAACACAUACACACCACCCUGUUAGACUCCAUGAUCACCAAAGCUUUCUAUACUUCAGAUGAUGUUCAUUUACAGUGACAGCCUGAUAGAAGAGGAUGGUUUCGUAACAAGCAUCAAGCCAGCCUAGCCUAGCAGAGUUGUCAUAUGAAUUAUUUUGAUUCCUGUCUCUACCCGGUUGUUGUAUAUGGGGUUAUAACCUGUAUGCCAAAUGUCAACAUCAAGCAAGAAUAGCCUUGUUAAUGUAUUAUUGGUGCUGGGAAGUCUGGUACCAUCUAAUUUUUUCAGUGAGCUUAGAUUUUUUUCUCGUUUCAUUAACAAGCGUAGUCACCUGACUUUGCUACUUGAUGUAAAACAGAAAGGAUCAUAUAGUUUUACACUCCCCCAUUUUUCCAUACUCAUUAAUUGUAGCAUUUCUCCAGGUUAAAUUUGCUUGUUUGCAAGGAAAUAUUUGAUACAA